AUGCUAAUGAUGAGGCAAGGACCCAUAAGCCCCCACGUCAUCCAACUAUAUGAGUGGUUUGAGCACUCUCAAACAUUCACUCUCAUUAUGGAGUAUCCGGAUCCCUGCGAGAGCUUGUUGGACUUCAUCAACAAUAAUCCUAACAUGAGUGAGACAACAGCACGGCUCAUCAUGUGUCAGGCGGUGCAAGCAGUACAGCACUGCAUUGAGCGCGGUGUUUUUCAUAACGAUAUUCAUCCAGAGAAUAUCCUGUUGAGAAAACACACUUUGGAGCUUGAGUUGAUAGACUUUGGUUGUGGUCAUCUACUUAGUAGUAAUGGCUAUGAUUGCAGGCAAUAUAGAGGAAUACAGGCUUACUUCCCACCUGAACUCUUCAUCUAUGGCAAAUUCCACGCCGUCUCUACAAACGUCUGGGCUCUAGGAGUGUUGUUGUAUGAGAUGAUGAACACAUGUUCUCCAUUUCGCAAUAUAACGGAAAUCACGCAAGCCAAAAUUAGGUUUGAAAACCCAGAUUUAUCUAAAGAAUGCUGUGAUCUGAUUGUCCAGUGCCUAACCCGUGAUCCAACUGAACGGCUGACCCUCGAGCAGAUCUUGCAGCAUGACUGGUGUAAAACAGUGGAUCUAAAACGAAGGGAGGAUUGAAGCAUCAUUGGUUUCAGAGUUGAGACUGAUUUGUGCUGUCAUCUUCAAUUCUUAAUCAUAUAUGAUGUACAUUUAAAAUAUGAUUAGUGAAGGUUGGACACACACCUUCCAGUGAAAAAGCACUAUGGAUUCACAUGCUGGAAAUUGGAAACUCAAGCCCUCAUGUAAGCCCACUACUAAAGAAUUAGAGAGCUCGGAGC